UAACCUGACUUUGAAUGGUCGCGCUUUGUUUGGGAUCGUCACUGAUUAUGAGAAAUAUUAUGCUAAAACCAUCAUAUUUAACAUUGUAUGGAUUCAGGCGAACUUACUAAAUAGACGUGGCCGUGUUGUUUUUGCAGAAAUUCAUCAGACCAGCGUGGCAAGUUUACAAACCGAGGGACAUUGAACGCAUCUGCGGUCCGGAUCAGGGGGCGUGGGUUUGACCGGCUCGUGGAGGCUCAGACACAAUGAACCGUCAGUCGGUCGGGGGCACGCAUGUUGGGCCGGCGACUUUGCUUCUAUUAUAGCACAUUUUUUUUUACUCUCUUUAGUGCCUUUCUUCGUCGUUACUGCGGGAUUCCUGAAGCUCUGUAUGGCGGUUACAAUGCUCACUUGGGAAGUGCUACUUCGUCGAGUUUGAUUAAAACGAGGUCGGCACCAGACUACAGUUAGCCCCUCCUGCUUUAUUUAUUUGUGCUAGCUCAGGCCGACUGCAACGAGGAAGACAACAAUGUCGGUCACCGCGUCCUCUGAUUACUUCGCAGCCGAGUGUUUGGUUUCGAUCUCGAGUGGCCCCGUUUUGCACAGACCCACGCCGGUGGCCCCCGCCAGCCAGCCGGCCACGACGGGCCUGCUCCCCGGGGAGCACGACGGGUCGAGUGAGGACCGAGAAGUGCGGGAGACCCUGAGGUUAGAGGGGGCCAACAUGAUGACGGUGGCCGGUAUUCUCACCGACCUACACGGCAAGUUCCGGCCCAUGUCGGCCUACUCUGAGAGCAGCAACUCGUCGUGUGGAGGGGAAAGUGGUUACACCACGUUGUCCGACCCCACCACCCCGACCAUGACCCCCUCCGCUACCCCAGUGCCCGGACAGCAACCGCCGAGGGGGGGCCCUCGAUCCCCCGUUAAGAGACACCAGUGCACUUUUGACGGAUGCGACAGAGUUUACGGGAAAUCAUCCCACCUUAAGGCGCACAUCCGGACCCACACAGGUGAGCGGCCCUUUCCCUGCACCUGGCCCGACUGCGAGAAGAAGUUUGCCCGCUCCGAUGAGCUGGCUCGCCAUACUCGCACACACACAGGAGAGAAGCGCUUUCUGUGCCCGUUGUGCGACAAGCGCUUUAUGCGCAGCGACCACCUGAUCAAGCACGCCCGACGUCACCCUGACUUCCACCCCUACAUGUUGGGACGCAACAAGGGCAUGUGUCCCUCCAACCUGGCUGCCCACCAUUAGAUGGUUCAGGUUCACUGGUUACGGGGGUUGGUUAACCAGCUACAAUCUGAACCAUUGCAUCCCUAUGUUGUACCUCAAAGGUACACAUACACAAAUUGUCAGUGCUGGAUGGGAGGGGCAAGUACCAUUCACUCUCCAUCCACAGAGGAAGUCACGUGACCACUGUCCACCUGGACCAUGAAAAGGGUUGGGUGUCAUUGGCUAGUACAUCAUUCGAACCAGCCCCAAAUCUAUAACUGCAGAUUUGAUGUGCUUUUCGAUUCCACUUAUCGAUUCCGCAAAUGAGUUGAGUCUGUUGCACUUUCUUUCCAAAACACCCUCUUUUAAGGGAUUCAAAAGACAAGCGCAGCGUCCGUGAAUAGCAGAACAGAGCUAGUUUUGUAAUGGGGACUAAAUGAUAGAACAAGCAGGAACGUCUUAACAAAGACGGCACCAUUAGUUCGGUGCGUUCUUUCAUUUAAGAAUCUGCACGUCUAAUUUGGGACAUAAUUGGUCUGCUGGAAAGAUCAUGCACAGAAAUCACCAGCAAAUAUCUACUUGAGUGUAUACUUCAUCUUUUAUUACUAAUACAUCACAGCACAUGUUAUUUGUUUUAUGACUUACUCGAUAUAAAUCUUUUUCUGCUUUCAAACAUUUUUGGUUCAUUCUUGUACCCCCGGAGCCGAUGAGAAAUGGAAUCGAAAAAGCAAACAAUUGACCAAAUAAACCCAACCCUAAACUAGUAAUAACCAAUACUUUUUUCUUAGCCUUUCUCAAACUGCAGGGAUUCUUAUUUCCAUAUUUUCUGUUUAAAAAAAUCAUAUCACCCAACAGCCAAAUCUCCUGUUUUCUUGUGGUUCAGUUGUAAAUUGUUGCCGUGUUCCUCAGUAGAGUUUUACUGUGAGUAGCACAAUAUUGUGAUGUUAGCUAGCACGGCAGCCUCUAGAUGCUUCUUUCUAUUUUUUAGCUUUGCCAAUUCCUUUUUUAUUUUUUGUGCAAAUUUUAGUGGCGAUACAUUCCUUUUUUAAAUUGCAUUCAAAGCAUCAUCAUAGAAGGUAUUAUUACCCUUUAUAUUAAAUAUAACCCUAGAUGAAAUAUGAUUUUGGCCAUAAAGUGGCUCGAGCUUCACUGUAGAAGAGCAGUUUGCACGCCAUCCUAAAACCGACAUUUAUCACCCAGGAAACGCUGACACAUAAUACGGAAGUAUUAUGUCUAAUAUCGAUGCAAAUGUAUAUAAGCUUUAAGCUUUUAAUGUAGAAGUAUAUUGCAACUAGCAGCUGAAGUAAUACAUGUGAUGUAGUCCUUAUAUUAGGGGGUAACAGUAAAGCUCGAUAGGAAUGCUUUGCGUGUUGGUGUGUACGCGUGUGGUUUUGUUUUCUUUUUUUUUUUUGCUAAGGAAAAGUUUCUUGAGUGGAGCUUAAUUUGCAAUCUGCUACUUUCAAAGUAAAGGUUUGUAGUUUGUAAGUGGUGUAAAAACAAAAAACAUUUCAGGUUAAGUCUCUACACAGCAGCCGAUAUCAAGCAAAAUUGGUGGCAAUGAAUUACUGUCACAAAAUCACACCAUCUGGUGUUUUCCGAACAUUUGUGGAUUUUAGGUUGUUGAAAUAUCUUCUUGGGAACUUUGCUUCAGUAUACAAACAUUUCGGUUGGCAAACCACGUCAAAGAAAAAGGUUUGUGGAUGGAAGUUCCCCUGUAAUGACUUCACUGCAGCUAAAAAAAAAUAACGUUAUCUUAGAAAAGGCACAUACUCGGGUAGACCACAGCUGGCGAAGGCC